GCCAAUUGUGCACAUAUUCUGUUAAACGAUGUCUAAACGGGCCGUCGGUACGGAGAAAAAGAAAAAAGGUCGGAGCAAGAAGGGUUCUAAGGACCCCACGGAAGAAGAGUUUGCGAAAUCGCAGAACGAGGUAAAAUGCCUCCGCGAUCAGCUCAGUCGAACCAUAUGCGCCCUGGAAACCACGGAGAAUCGACGAUUUCGGGCGUACACGGACCGCGUCCAGUCGACACGAAUGAUGGAAGAGAUUCGUCACAACACACAACAACACACCGCCUUCAUGAUCACCCAGCAUGAAAUAGUAGUAUCAAAACUGAAUGAGAAAAUCGAGAAACUAGAAACCGAUUUGUGUGAAUUGAAUCGGCUAAUUCAGGAAAAGGAUGAUGAAUUGGAACGGUUGAAACUCGAGUUUUCAGAGACAGUAACAGAGCGCGACCUGCAAAUCGAUCGGUUGAAGCAACAGCUCAGCACCCAAGGAUUGGCACAAGAAGGCAACUUGAUGAAUGCGUUCGACAGUCUGGUAAAAGCACUCGGAGAUGAUUACAAGCAGAUGCACAGAAACUUUACACCCUGGUCCCAGAAAUCACUGCAAACCAUCGAGUUGGAGUUUUUGAACCCUCCGUACUUAGAUGAAGAAUCCACAGAGUACUAUGCUGACACUGUAGAAGACUAGAUCCACGAUCAAACCGUGCAACAUGAACCUUACACUCGUCACUUCACGCACCGCAUUUAACAACAAAUCAUGAGCUAUUUUCCGCAACACUAUUCGUACCCACUUUUAGCUGCUUUUCCAUGCAAUAUGUUUAGCGCCAAUUAGCUACUUUAUGCGUUGACUUUCCUACAAUUUGUUACCAAGUAAACUCGCGGUUUCUGGGAUGUGCAG